UCGCAGAUAAUGCACACCUUGUUUCGUCAAACAUUCAACGCAAGGUCGAAGCUAUCUCCCUUUGAGUGAUUUUGUACAAUCAUUUCGCACCAAACCGGCGACUAGUUGUGAUCAAAAAUGUUUUGGAUUUUAAUUGUAAUCGCUGCAAUAAUUGCGAUCUCAUAUCAUCAAUUGAGACGUUAUCACAAAUAUUGGUCGGAAAAGGGCGUCCAGCAAGGUGACCCAUUGCCCCUUUUUGGGCAUUGUUUGGGUACCACCCUGCAAAAGCAGUCACUUUCUGAAUUUAUUCAAAUGUCGUAUAACGUUGCUCCCGAUGCCAGAUAUUGCGGAAUUUAUCAGUUUUAUUCACCAAUUCUUAUAGUCAGAGAUCCAGAGUUAAUAAAACAGAUAACAGUGAAAGAUUUUGACCACUUCGUAAACCGCAUGGCUUUUAUUCCCGAGGACUGUGACCCACUGUGGGGAAAAAAUUUGGUGGCUUUAACUGAUCAGAGGUGGAGAGACAUGAGAAGUACGCUUAGCCCGGCCUUCACCAGCAGUAAAAUGAAAUACAUGUUUUCCCUAAUUUCGGAAAGCGCUGAGCAGUUUGCGCAAUAUUUCGCAAACCAAGACCAGGAUUUAAUCACAAUUGAGAUGAAAGACAUAUUCACAAGGUUCACAAACGAUGUGAUUGCCAACACUGCGUUCGGGGUCAAGAUUGACUCGUUGGAAGAACGCAACAAUGAGUUUUACUUAAUGGGGAUAGAAGCCACCGAUUUUAGGGGUUUUUGGCGAAACAUGAAAAUCGUAAUUUAUUUCAUAUUCCCGACAUUAUUCAAAUCACUUGGUUGGCGAUUUUUCUCCAAAAACGUUGCCGAUUUCUUCGUAAAACUAGUCAGGGACAACAUUGCCAAACGAGAAAAACAUGGAAUUGUGAGACCUGACUUGAUCAAUCUGUUCCUAGAAGCUCGAAAAAACGGUUUGAAAUACGAAGAACAAGAGCACGCUUUAGACACAGGUUUUGCCACGGCCGAAGAGUCAGAAAUUGGAAAAAACGGAAUGGUUAGACAAACACUGACUGACGUGGACAUAGCCGCUCAAGCCCUCUUAUUUUUCUUCGGUGGCUUCGACUCUGUUUCCUCAAUGAUGUGUUUCAUGUCGUACGAACUUGCGCUAAACCCGGACGUCCAGGCAAAACUCCUCCGCGAAGUUGACGAAACUUUUGAAUCGUGUGACGGCAAACUCACGUACGAAGCACUGAUCAAAAUGAAGUACUUGGACAUGGUGGUGUCAGAAACAUUGCGGCUUUGGCCCACAAAUGUCUCGGCUGACCGUGUUUGCACCAAACCUUACACCAUUGAGCCAAAAAACCCCAACGAGAAGGCGCUUCAUUUGGAAAAAAAUACCAACGUAAUUGUGCCAAUUUUCGGCAUCCACCGGGACGCGAAAAAUUUUCCCGAACCAAAUCGCUUCGACCCCGAGAGAUUUAGCGACGAAAAUAAAGCCAACAUCCGACCGUACACCUAUUUGCCCUUUGGGGCCGGACCGCGGAACUGCAUCGGCUCUAGAUUCGCCCUCCUUGAGACCAAAGCGCUGUUCUUUCAUCUGUUAUCCAAAUUUGAAAUAACCCCAGUGGAACAAACGCAAAUUCCCAUACAACUCAACCGCAAGUCCUUUAAUAUGACGGCGGAAAAUGGGUUUUGGUUGGGUCUCAAGCGGCGUAAAAAUGAUAACUAACCAGUAUUUUUGUCACUGAAAUUAUUAAAUGCACUUUACGCUUGCUAACAUUUA